UGUUUGUGUGUUUUGAUUGAAUUAGAUCUUCUAUACAAAGAUUACCAGACAGACCACAAGUUCACAAUCACUACCUACUCUCCUACCGGAGUUGCUAUUACUUCAUCUGGAUCAAAGAAAGGGGAUUUCUUUGUAGCAGAUGUCAACACACAGUUGAAGAACAAGAAUAUCACCACUGAUAUUAAAGUGGACACGAAUUCUAAUCUUUUUACAACUAUCACAGUUAAUGAACCUGUUCCUGGUUUGAAGACCAUUUUAAACUUCAGAGUUCCUGAUCAAAGAUCGGGAAAGCUUGAAAUUCAAUAUUUACAUGAUUAUGCUGGUAUAAGCACCAGCGUUGGUUUGACAGCCAAUCACAUUUGCUAUACUCUUGCCAUUUGA